AUGAACACUGCUGCUGCUGAAUUAGAAGAGUUAUACGAUCUGUGUGCCAAAGGCGAUGCAAGUAGUACCACAAUAGAAUUAAGGGCUCUUCAUGAUAGGGAAAAAACUACAGGAAAGGAUACGUUGACAUUGCGAAUUCAUUCAAUAGUCAAAGGGUCUACCAAAGAUUGGAUUAAAGCUUUUGACGAGUUGGUUGAGUUCAAAAAUUCUAAUUGCGAGAGACUCACUGCUGAUGCUUUGAAUGAAAAACACUCUACUUUGAAAACAGAAACAUUAAAGAAGGUAAAAUAUUCAAUCAAGGAAAUUGCCAAAGGAUCUCCAAAGAAGUGGCUGCAGUGCGUAGAACAUUAUGUCGAGCAGGAUUUUCUUAGCGGUAGGAACCGUAGCCACAGCUGUAUAAUUAUGGCACUGCUUGCGCUACCUGCAGUUGUCGGGAUUGCAGCUUUUGGUGUUGUUGGAACUGCUGUAACUGCUGUUGGGGGGGCGUUAAGCCUUGGAGGAGUGUGCCUUCGCGCUAAGGCGUAA